AAAAAAGGGAAGGGAAUGAAAAUAGAGAUAAAAGCAUUCAAACAAAUCAGAAAAGAACACGCAGAUGAAGAAAUACAUACAUACAUACGCCCAUGAUAUAUAGUGGAAAGGAGAGUGAGUGAGUGAUGUUUGUGUUGUGGGGUUAUAGUCUCCUGUUCCACCAUUAUUAAUUAUACUCUCGUGGAUUUCAGCGUUGUUUUUCAAACUUCCUCUUCAUACCCGCGCUCUAAACCAAGCAUCCGUUGAUUAUUUUAACCCCAAAACCCCACCCCCCACCCCCCAUCGCUCUCCUCUUUCUCCCCAUUUCUUUAGAUUUACGUAUUUCUUGAUUCUUGUGUCAAACUCUUACCAAAAUCCUGAUCAGCUUGGUUUAUUAACCCAAAGGAGUCCGAAUCCGAGGCCGAGGUUUAAUGGGUAUUUGGGUAAUGGCUGUUCUGUUAGGGAAGAAGAAGAAAGAUGUACAGUGAGUGAUUGUAAAGUGGAGAAAAGGGAGUGAAAUAGUUUUCCCCCCUUUUUUUUCCUAUUUGCCCUUUGUUUCUUUUUAUAUAUUCUUCACCCAAAAGGAUAUCUUUUACUAUAGUAUGCUAGAGGUGUGGAGGGAUAGAAAUAUAGAAUCAGUGUUGGUGGUAAAGAAUGCAGAAUAUGAAGAAGAAAGGCAGUAAUGGAAAUAAUGGGAAUAGCAAUGAAGCUCCAAAGCCUAAAGAGAGACAUAUUGUUUCUUGGUCUCAAGAGGAGGAUGAUAUACUGAGAGAACAGAUUAGACUCCAUGGAACAGAGAAUUGGACAAUCAUUGCAUCAAAAUUUAAAGAUAAAACAACCAGGCAAUGCAGAAGGAGAUGGUUCACUUAUUUGAACUCCGAUUUCAAAAAGGGGGGAUGGUCACCUGAAGAAGAUGUGCUCUUGUGUGAGGCUCAGAGGAUUUUUGGCAACAGAUGGACCGAGAUUGCCAAGGUGGUCUCAGGCAGAACCGAUAAUGCUGUGAAGAAUCGAUUCACUACCUUGUGCAAAAAGAGAGCAAAGAACGAGGCCUUAGCUAAAGAAAAUAACAAUUCAUUUAUUAAUCUAAACAACAAAAGGGUUAUCUUUCCAAGUGCGCUCAACAUUGAUAGAAUAUCAGGACCUGGAUCUCCAUUUAAGAAGCUGAGGAGGAGCCACAUAUCGGAUCUCCCAGAAAAUUGCAAUAGUGGAGAAAAAUCACUCGUGACUUGUAAUGCAGUAAAUCAGCUGCAAAGAUCUCCAUUUUCAGUACUCCCAAAUGUUGGGAGCAGUUUACCAACCAAUCAAAAUGUCAGCAUUAAGGAUUCACCUACCAAUGCAGCUUCUAUCAAUAAAACUGAAGGAACUUUUCUUAAGAAGGAUGAUCCAAAGAUACUUGCACUGAUGCAACAAGCAGAACUUCUGAGCUCCUUGGCACUCAAAGUGAAUUCAGAGAACUCAUACCAGAGUCUUGAAAAUGCUUGGAAGGUACUUCAAGAUUUUCUCAAUCAAAAAGAGGAUGAUGUGCUCAAGGGCAGAAUUUCUGAGAUGGAUAUCCAACUUGAGGAUUUUAAGGGCUUAGCAGAGGAUUUGAAAAGCAUUAAUGUACCUAGUCAAUCUUGGAGGCAACCUGCUUUAUCUGAAGAUUCUGCAGGCAGCUCUGAGUAUAGUUCUGGAUCAACUUUGUUAUCCCAUGCUCCUGGUGAUAAGAAAGAACAAUGUGAAGCUGAGGUAUCUGCCUUGCAUCAGGAUAUUGAAUCUGGGUUACAAUCGACUGAGUUAGGAGAUCAAACCACUAUAAAUGCAUUUUCAGGUGGAACUCCUGGCAAUGCAACUUGUACUGAAGCAGAUAUCUUACCAACUUGUGACAAAGUCAGUGCCAAUGAUGAAGCAGCAUGUGAAUAUUCAGCUGAAGAAUGCAGCUCCCCUCUGCAUGUAACUCCAUUGUUCAGGACACUAGCAGCAGCCAUUCCCAGCCCAAAAUUUUCAGAAAGUGAGAGACAAUUCCUACUAAAAACACUUGGAAUGGAUUGUACAUCCCCAAAUUCAAGCAUCAAUAAUACUUCCCAUCCUCCAUCUUGCAAGAGGGUCCUCCUCCAUAGUCUAUGACAGACAGAUUCUGCGGCACUCAGAAUCAGUAUCCUGAGUUUUUGACGCGUAGAUUUCCUUUGAGCUAUUAUCUCUGGCUUGCAGUCAUUACGACCUGAGUUUUUUCAUAGAGGCCUGUGAAGAUCUGGUCUGCAUUCUAGAAUGCUACGGGGCAUUCUAGUCUUGUUUUUGGAAGAUCUGACAAGAUGAUCUGCAUCCUUUCUACCCUAAUACAAGUGUAGUGUGCUUUUCUGUGUUGUGCCUCAUUCUUUGGUGUGUUGAUUGGGACUCGGAUUAGGGCAUUCGAUGUUCCCAGAAAGUUUUCUUGGCAUUAGAAUGCCAAUUGUACAGAUCAUACAGUGUAAUUAAAAACUGGUACCUUGCUGAUAUUACCCCUCAUAGAGAAUAUUAAACCAAGAAGAAAAAUUACCCCAAAAAAAAAGGAAGGAAAGAAGGAAAUCUAAUACAUUUAGAGAGAGACAAAGCUGGCACAGAAGGAUCUACCAGAUGAAUUGACCUCUGUGUUUUGUGUUAGAAAAUAAGUAUUUUUAUUUUUUGGUGGUGUACUAGUGUUUGAUUCUUUUUUUUUUUCCUGAUUUAUAUGUAACCUGUAACUCAUACUCAUUGGGGUGGUGAAUAUAUAAUAUUGUUUUGUGUGCA